CCCCCCCCCCCCCCCAACACAAUAGAGCGCCGGCUUUCUCACCGUCACCCCUCCCCGUCAGGUCACUACUUGCUCAGCUGAUCAGAGUAUCCCAGCCUUUUUCUUUCUGUUUCUUCACAAGCCAGGCCUGUCCCUCUCCCCCCCUCCGCGCCUUCUUGAUUCGUCCCCGUUGGCGGCCGUCGUGGUGUUGAAGAAAGAAUCCCUUGGUUGGUGGUGUGUGACCGCGAAGGCGAUGGGUCAGAUAGCAGCACCGGAGGUGCACAGUGAUUGAUGGUGGCGGCUGGCGAAUGGAGAGUAGGCGAGGAGGAGGGCCGGCAGCGGCAGCGGCGGAAGAUGCGCGCGGGCCGAUGCCGGGCUUCGGGGCUCCUCAGCACACCAUCCCCACAGAUGUGAACAUCAUGCAAACUUCUCGAGUUACAGACUUCGGGGCGCUUGCGCAGUCUGCUGGAUUCAGAAUAGAAGAUCUUGCUAAUCUUAGUGCAAAUACUUUGUUCAAUCUGAAGCCAAACAAUCAUACAUUUAUUAGUGACCCCCUGCAGUUUGGAAAUUACGGAAAGUCAAUUUCUCCGACUGAUCUAGCUACUACGGCGGCGGCGGCGGCAGCAGCAGCAAUAACAACAGUUGAUCCUCAGGCACUACUACAGCAAAAGGGAGUGCAAUCAAAUAUAGUAGCUUUAAGAACUCGUAACAGUGAGAACUGGGGAGAGUCAAGUAUGGCUGAUACAAGUCCUAGGACUGAUACAUCAACAGAUCCAGACAUUGACGUUGAUGAGAGGAACCAAAUGUUCGAACAAGGACAUCUUGCUGCCCCCACAGGUUCUGAUUCUAGUGACAAAUCAAGGGACCAACUGGAUCAUAAGUCACUUCGCCGUCUUGCACAAAACCGUGAAGCUGCUAGGAAAAGCCGUUUAAGAAAGAAGGCAUACAUCCAAAACCUUGAGACUAGUAGAUUGAAACUUACUCAAUUAGAGCAAGAGCUUCAGCGGGCUCGCCAACAGGGUAUUUUUAUUUCAUCGUCAGGGGAUCAGUCUCACUCAACGAGUGGAAAUGGAGCUCUGGCAUUUGACAUGGAGUAUGCACGAUGGUUGGAGGAACAUAACAAGCAUAUAAAUGAGUUGAGGGCUGGAGUCAAUGCACAUGCUGGCGAUGAUGACCUUCGGAGUAUUGUUGAUUGCAUCAUGGCACACUAUGAUGAAUUUUUCAGGCUAAAGGGUGUAGCAGCCAAAGCAGAUGUUUUCCAUGUGCUCUCGGGAAUGUGGAAGACUCCUGCUGAAAGGUGUUUCAUGUGGUUAGGUGGCUUCAGAUCAUCUGAGCUCCUUAAGUUACUGGCAGGUCAACUAGAACCUCUUACUGAGCAGCAGCUUGCUGGCAUAUGCAACCUGCAACAGUCCUCUCAACAAGCUGAAGAUGCUCUUUCUCAAGGAAUGGAGGCACUACAACAGUCCCUUGCAGAAACCUUAGCAUCUGGAUCCCUGGGCCCUGCAGGAUCUUCCAGCAAUGUUGCAAACUACAUGGGACAGAUGGCAAUGGCUAUGGGAAAACUCGGAACCCUAGAAAACUUCCUACGGCAGGCUGAUAAUCUGCGGCUACAAACACUUCAGCAAAUGCAACGUAUAUUAACUACUCGCCAAUCUGCACGAGCUCUGCUUGCUAUAAGCGACUACUUCUCACGGCUACGUGCUUUGAGUUCUCUUUGGCUUGCUCGUCCACGGGAAUAAAUUGAAUCAAUAAUCAAUUCAUAAAUAAGAUAUUGGUUAUGUACUGUAUCCUCUGUUGUAUUAGUCCCAUAGGAAUUCAGGUGUUCCCUUCGUCACAUUGUUCUCGUACUGGUGAGAGGUUUGGGUCAAAAUAGUCACAUGUACGUGUUAAAGUGAAAUUGUUGCCUGUAGACAUCAUAUUAUCAAUUAUUUGACAAGUUUGUCACAUUUUUGAGAAAAAUGGAGAUGUAAAUUCUUUGUGGAAUAAUUUGAGAUCUUA